GCAGAUGAAGCUUUUACCUGUCUAGGUAAGUCAGGAGGAGGUCAAAAGAAAAUAGUAGGAGACGCGGCCGGCGGAGAGACAAGCUCCAUCUCUGCCCUUUGGAAUAGAAGGUCCUUCCUUUCUUCUCUUCAGACCCCAACCCAGAGAAGGCCCAGCUUGGGACAUUCUUCACUUCCAUUCACUUCCUCUCUGGCAGCCCCUUUCACCACCCCUGCGCCUUGCUUCAGGCGAUGCCCAAGAGGGAGCUUUGGCCAGCAGGGCCUUGCUCAGAACCUGUGACCCACAUCGGCAGCUGUGACAGCAUGAUGAGCACCACCUCCGCCCACUCUGGAUCUCAGAGUGACAGUAGCUACGACUUCCUGUCUGCUGAAGAGAAGGAGUGUCUGCUCUUCCUGGAGAAGACCAUUGGCUCACUGGAGGCUGAGGCUGACAGUGGACUGUCCACGGACGAGUCAGAGCCAGCCACCAGUCCUCGAAGCUUCCGAGCACUGCCCAUCGCCCAGCAGGCUCCCCAGGGAAACCCAGAGGUGAUAGACACUCAGCAAGUGCCUUCGCCAAAGAGAGUGGACCAGUCCUCCCGUCCUCCUGAGUCACCCAGUCUGGGUUUCAGAUCUGGUUCCUACAGCCUUCCCAGAAACCUCCACCUUGGCAGAAGCCAGAACCUCAGGGAAAGCGCCACCCAGACUAACAGCCAGGGCUCUCAAACACCUGGGCUGUUCUUGGCAGAGCCUGACAAAGGGCAGACCAGCCAGGGCACUAAGCGCUUCCAGCCACCAGCCCCAUCCCGGGAGACUACCCUUGAUCUGAACACAGUUCUCAUCCCCCCACCAGAGGCUUUUCAGGACAUUAGGCCAAAGCAAAGUGGGGAAGAGAGCCUGCCUAAAGAUCUCGGAGAGAAGAGACACACACCACAGGCCCAUACUCUGGUCAGCUCCCAGAAGAAAGAGCCUUCAGAAACUAUGUCCCAUAAAGCCACUGAGAAAGGCUGGACAGAAGAUCCACAACAACAACAGCGGCCUCCUGCCCAGGCAUCUCAGAACCCAAGAGCUGAAGAGGCUCCCCUACCAUCGGGGGUCAAGCCAAAUACCCAACAGGCUCCCCAAGCAGCCUCAAAGGCCCGUAGGCUGCCUCCUAACAUCGUAUUGAAGAGCAGCCGAAGCAGUUUCCACAGCCAUCCCCAGAACUGGCUGUCGAAUCACACCGAGGCUACAGACUCUGGGCCUGUCCCUUCUUCGCUACAGGAACAAAAGAAAGCCCGCAGAGAGGCUCUGGAAAAGCUAGGGCUGCCCCAGGACCAAGAUGAUCCCAGCCUACUUGUAAAUAAACAUACCAGUAGCCUCAAAGUCAAGGAAGCUCAAGCUCAGAGUCCUUCCCAGGCCCUAGCCACGGUUCAGCAAGCAACUCCAGCUCUGGUCCCAGGGGCUGCUUCAGUUGCAGGGAAAGCUUCCCCAAUGAAGGCUGUCACUCCUGCUGCCUCUUCAGGCAAGAGUUGGAUUCCUGCCCAGGAAAGCCCUCCAGGGAAGGUUGCAGCUGCCAAGUCUAUGCCCAUUCCUAUCCCUAAGACCUCAAAGGUAAACAGCUCCCUGAUACAGCCCAAGCCUGACCCACCGCUGACCCUGCGGGAAAGCAGCAUCCCUGGCCUGAGACAGAUAAACUUCAAGUCCAAUACCCUGGAGCGCUCAGGUGUGGGAUUGAGCAGCUAUCUCUCGGCAGCUGAGAAGGACCCCAAAAGCCAAACCAGCACAUCUCUGGGAAAGAGUCCCACCUUGGACAAGGUUUCGCCCAGCGUCUUGCGUAAUUCCCGGCCCCGGCCUGCCUCCUUGGGCAUGGCAAAGGACUUUAACGAAAUCCAGGGGGGAAAGUUGGUUGGCCUGGGGCAGGGCCAGCCCUCCCAGCAACUGUCCUUCAAAGGACAGAGCCACGACAAGCUUCCUCGACCUCCCUGUGUCAGUGUCAAGAUAACCCCAAAGGGCAUUCCCGAUGGACACAGGAGGGAGGCUCUGAAGAAGCUGGGACUUCUGAAGGAGUAGCUAGGCCACUGGCAUAGCCAGCACCAACCCACCAGAAGAGACUGGCUCUACCUAGAGCCUUUGCAGCCUCACAGCUCAGGGCUGAUGUCUUCCCUGUCUGAGGUGAAGCAGGAAGGCAUAUGUUUGUACUCAGAGCAGGUGUGCUGUUGAGUAUUUGCAUACAUCACUCUAACGAUGAGUCUCACAGGACAGGGAGGGGGAAGGAGAGAGAGAGAGAGAUUUUACAAGUGUAAAGUUCAUCCUGUCCCAGAACUGAGUGGAGAAGAGUGGCCAAACCUCAGAAGUAAAGUCUAAUGAAACAGAGAGAACGUAAAAAGAUGGAUGACAUUGUGCACGUGACUAUGGUCACAUGAACUAUGGGAUGAGUUUCCACAGUAAAAUGGAGACUGGCUCAUAUCUGCCAUGCCUCUCUCUCGGGGUCUUCUGGAAACGUCCUGAGGUCAAGGGGAGUUGGUUCAGUAUCUCUUUACCCAGUGCCUUUCCCUGUGGUUUCUUGCAGUGCAGGACAAAUCUCUGUCUCUGGAUCUCAUAGUUCACUGAUAGCAGGGGGCGCUCCUGCUCUGAGAAAGUCGAGUAAAGGGCCGCACCACACACUCCUCCAUUUCUACCUGGAAAAAUCCAUGCCGUGGGCUUGAAGAAUAUAAUAAUAAACUGUGACAUGGCUUGUGA